AUGUACCGGUCACCGAUGGAGCUGCGGGACCUGGUCCAGGUGUAUAACGACAAGAAGGACAAAGGACAGGGCCCGGAGUGUGAUUAUGGCUUCAAGCUGAUCAUUAUCGGUGAUGCUGGUGCAGGCAAAAGUAGCUUCAUGCAUCAGUUCCUGGAGGGGAAGUUCAGAAAGCAGUCAACCCACACUAUUGGUGUGGAGUUCGGCACCAAGAUCAUCUCCUUGGGAAAUCGCCAAAUCAAACUGCAGAUUUGGGAUACUGCGGGCCAGGAGCGAUAUCGUGCUGUCACCCGUUCGUACUAUCGCGGAGCCGUAGGUGCAUUGAUUUUGUAUGAUGUGACGUCGAGGGACUCAUACAACAAUCUGCCGACCUGGCUCCAGGAUGCCCGAGAACAAGCUUGGAAGGACAUCUCCAUCAUUGCAGCUGGACGCUUAAGACUGGACUGCUGA